AUUUUAUACUCUCUUACAGUUAUCUGUGGAUACGUCACAACAAUAAUUUUGUAGAUAUAAAUUCUAUUUUUAAAUGUCUGAGAGAAGGAAGAAAGAUCGCUACAAUGAAACUUGGACUAAAGAAGAACUGACUAGUUCUUUGAGAAAAUCAGAAAAGUCGUCUCAUAAAUCAAGUCGUCACAAGGAUGAAGAUGAUGGUGAAGAUUAUUACAUUAAAAAAGAAAGAAAACGAAGAGAUGAGAGAGAUGAAUCACACAAAAAGUCAAGGUCAGAUCGUCCUCGAGAAUCUUCUGGCCGAGUGAAAGAUUCUGACGAUCGGAAACGAGAACAUCGCUCCAAACGUGAUGAUGAUCGCGAGCAUCGGGAAGAUCGACAUAGAACAGAAAAUGACAAAGAGAAGUAUUAUAAAACAAAUGGUGACGAGUCUCGUCGAGUCUCGGAAAGAUCUCAUAGAUCAGAAAAAUCGUCAAGAGAUGACCGAGAGAGAUCGCAUCGUUCGGAAAAACCAUCAAGAGAUGAAAGAGAAAGAUCUCACCGAUCUGAAAAAACUUCGAGAGAUGAUCGAGAGAGAAAACAUAGGGAUCGAGAUGAAGAAUAUUAUAAGGAAAAAAGGGAAAGAAGAAGAGAAGAUGAUGAUAAAAGACGAAAAAAACAUGAAAGUGAUAAUUAUGAUAGAGAUGAAGACUAUGAUAAGAAGCAGAAUCGGGAUGAAAAAAGCCACCGUCGUCAAGAAAAAGAUCGUCGAACGCAUGAUGAAGAUGUAGAAAAUUUGAGAAAAGAAAAACGAGGCCAAAGAAGAAGGGAAAAUGAUGAAGAUGAAGAUCGUCGAUUGCGGAAAGAAAAAAGCCGCCGGGAAAAAGAAUCAGAGUACGAUAUUCAUAAAAGUAGGGAUCGAGACAAAGAAAGAGAAUCUCGGAAUGACAAACAUAGUAAACCUGAGAAGCACUCGAGAAAGAAUCGAGAUGAUGACGACUCAGGAUCAUAUCGUCAGUCACGACAUCACAGGAGUGAUAAUGAUCGACAUCAUAAAGAUGGUAAGAGUAACAAAGGAAGUAAAAAUGACGAACAAAAGAGUAUGAAUUCAACCUAUGUGAUUGAUGAUGAAAAGGAUAGAUUGAAAAAUGAUAACAAUAAUGAAUAUAAUUAUGAAGAUGAAGAGUUUGAAGAUUAUGAUGAUGAUUUUGAAGAUGACGAUGAUAAUAAUGAAGACACUCGUCCAAUUUCGCAUAAACAACCAGACAAGAUGGAUGAGUUAAUGCGUGCUAUCGCUGCUGAGAAUGAAAGAGCAAAUUCAGCUCAAUCUUCUGGACAAUUUCGAAGUACUGCUAAUUCAGAUCGCAACGAUUCCCCUUUUUCAAGUUCUAACGAUGCGGGAAGUCACAGAGAAGGAUCUGCAUCAUCUGGCAUCAGGAAUACAUCCUCAACAAUGAUAAAUUUUUCUGCUGCUAAAAAGUCAUCUGCGAGUAGUAAAACGAAGAGACGAGUUAUUAAAAGAAGCAAAGAUUUGAUGAGUUUGAUUCAACUUGACUCUGUUUCCUUUGAUAUUCUCGACAUGCCCCCUGUUACUGAAUAUAAUUUAUACAUCAAAAAUUAUGGCAAUUCUAAUACAGUGCAGGCAUCUGUACAGUGCAAUGAUGACAAUCUGGAACAGGAAAUCCAAACAGAAAGUCCUGAUAUGGAUGAAAAAUGGAGUCAACAUCCACCUCAUGAAAUAAAAUGUUCUGGUGGAAUCAUGUCCAAAUUUUCAGAAACUCAGUCGGAGAAUGAAGAUAGAGCUAUGAUGUUAUCUACAAUGAGGGGUAAUUCCAAGCGUCUUAUCAAAUUUAUGAGCCGUUCUUGUAAACUCAUUGAAUCAAUUUUGAUAGAAGAUGAAACAUGGGAGAAUACUGGUGCCAGGAAGAAUCAAUCAAGUGCUUUAUCAUUUUGUGAAAGCUGUGUAUCUCUACAAACAAACUUAGCAUAUUUGCAAGGGCGAAAAGUUGUUCAUAUAGCAUCUAGUUCUGGUUCAUCUGAUAAUUUUGUAGCAGUAGCAUUUGAGCCUGCAUCAACCAGUUUUUCUACAAGAAUAGAUCGUAAAGGUCUUGUUUCUGUAUGGGACACCAGAAAGCCUGGUAUCCCAGAAAAAAUACUUGUUUGUGAUGCUUGUCCAACAUACUGCUCUUUUGGUUCUACGAAAUCAUAUAUAUUAUUCGUUGGUACGGAUGAUGGAUGUGUUCUUGCUUAUGAUUUACGUGAACCUGGUAUUCACCAUCAGGUUGUUUCUCUGGAGAAAACUAGAGAGACUGUGUUACGAAGUGUAACUUACACAACUGGUUAUCUUAAUGAUGGUCAUUCCAGUCCAAUUGUUAGCAUCAUGUCUGUUGGCGCAGAGUCUAAAUUCUCUGAAGAAAAUCAAUUUGAUUCUAAAGAAGGGAAAUCACGAAAUAGCCAUUCUGGCUUAGCCUUUCAGCUAGCAUCAUUAGAAGAAGCUGGUAAUUUAUGCAUUUGGAUUGUUGUUGAAUUAUUACCAGAUGUAGAGGCCGGUGAUGACCUUGGCCUUGCACCACAAGGUAAAAUCAAGCUAAUAAGAAGCUUAAAUGUGAAAAUUCAUCCUCCUGUGAAAUCCUUAAUUCCGGAUUUGCCUUUUCGAACAACAUGCGUACAAUUUUCAGUCCUGGAUCCAAAUAACUUUUAUGUUGGAACUGAUACCGGACAUAUCGUUCAUUGCACACAAUAUGAAGCAAAUUCAGAAUCAAGUAUGGCAAACAAGAACAAAGUUACCUUUUUCAAUGAGAUAGAUACAAUAUCAUCAGUGACUAGUAUAGACCUCAACCCAUUUCAACUUUUUGGCGCAUCGAUGAUUUUAGCAGGAUACGAUGAUGGCUCCAUAAGACUAUAUUUAUCCGAUAGAGGUCUUCCAGUUGUCAGCUGGCCCUUUUCAACUGACAGUGCAGGAAUUGUAAAAGUACAAUGGUCUACCUCCAGACCGUCAGUAUUUUUUGUUCUCGAUGCUUUUAAUAGACUUCAUAUAUGGGAUUUAGCUAUUAUGCAUGCUGGACCGAUCAAAACGGAACAGUUUGAAAAUAAACCUAUUUGUCAUUUUGCGUUGAGUAACACCCCUGAAAAUUCCACAACAAGGACUCCUGAAAUUGCAAUUGCAUACCGGUUUGAAGAAAGCUCUAAUAAUGAUGUAUCGUUAGUGGAAGUCCACAAGUUGGCACCACAUUUUUCACAAGUAACGGACAACAAUGAACUGGAUCAGCUAACAUUUUUACUACAAUCCUUGCUAUAAUGAUAAAUGACUUUUUCUGUUAUUGUCAUCUGUAUGAAGCUGUUCUAAUGUCAAGCAUCAUGAUAAGAAUUGUUAAUUCCUGGAAACAGGAAAGGAAGGAGAAAGGACCAUGUAUGACUGAAAUGUUGCCUUUGUACUAUUCAAAAUGGCUAGCCAAUUAUAAAUUUAUGAAACUAGUCAAUGGGUUUCUGCUGUAUGUGCUUUGCAGAUGAUAAAACUGGGACUGUUUCUACAUGUGCUGUAUUAGAUUUUGUACAUUAUCAUUUGGGCCAUUUGAACUGUCAGUUUGCUGCCAAUGAGUUCAGAUUUCAGUUUCACAAUAUUUGAGUUAGACAUAUAUACUUUGCUUCCCUACUACUUAGCAGUGCCUGUCCCUGGCAGUGUUGAAUUGUUUCAAAUAUUCUGUCAACUGUUAUGUACUAAUACCAAUGUCUUAAUGAUAAAUCAUCACAUAGCUCUUAGCAUACAAGUAGUUGCUUGACUCAUACUUUCUACUUUUUGCCGUGGGCUCAGAUAUGUUUAGCUCAAAAGAUAUGUUUAGAUUAAUCAAAUAUUUUCCAGAAUAUUGAAUUGAGUAUGGAGACGUUAUUUGUGUGAGUUUGUACAAUGUUUUUUUUAUCACAUUAAAUACGCCUCAUAGACUUGCUUUGCUUCUAUCAAUCGACAUUAACUGAGUGCUUUCUAAUGUGAGUUCAUUGAUUAUAGCCUAUAUUCCUCAUGAAGUAUAUAUAUUUGAAUAAUAAUCUGAUGUUGGAUUAUAUAUUAUAGCACCUUCAAAUGGGAAUAGUGCAAUUUUUGGUCACAUUUUUUCAACCAAAAUAUGUAGCAUAAAAUAUCACUUUCUGACACAAGAUUUUAAAUUCAGCACUGAACAUAUUUUGAUAGCUGAAAAAUUUUAAAUGAUUUUUUCCCAGCGCAAUUCUGUAUUUAAAAGCUUCAUUUGGGUACAGUAUUCAAAUCUCAACUUUAGGUUGUGAUCAUCUUUAAGGAACAUCUAUCUCCGUAGUGGACAAAUUACCCUGAACAAAUUGAUGAUUUGUACUUGCACACACAGAAUUUCUGUAUUAUUUAUUUAUUUAAGUAUUCAUUUUUUUCCAAAAGAUUCUAUUUUUGUACAAGAUUUGUAAAAUUUGCAUUGUGAAUGAUUCGUAUGCUUAGCUGAUGUCAUGUCACUGUGUAUGUUGUAAUGAUGAUGUAUAUUAAAAUCAAACUACAGACUA